ACUUUCUUAGUUUAAAUGAUAAAGGAUCUGGCUAUAAACGUUAGUUUCCUCAAUUCGGUUUUAAACGUUUAGUGAUAAUUUCAGUCGAUUUAUGAAGGAUUGUAACUGUGUUUGUUACGGCUAGUAACUUUUUAAGUUUCAGAGUAACAGCGGAAGAUACAAGAUACGCUCCAAUAUCAGAGCAUUUUGACUGAUUUUUGAAACUUAACCAUUUAUAGCACGAACGUUCAAUUUAAGUAUUUUGUGAUUUUGGUUUUGUUAUCUGAUAUCUAUAUGAAGCUUAGCUAGUACAUUCUGUAUUAAAAUUAGGUAAAAUGGCGACAAAUGAUGACGACAAACCGGCCUGUCAAGAUGGAGGAUCUACGGAAACUUCCGGUUCGGCAUCUGGGGGAUCUUCUCAAAAUGAUGAUGUCAAUGUAGAUUUGGCAGCAAAAUUUUCCGCCUUUUGUGACAUUAAAACUAAAGACCAUUUUACCUCAAAAGCGUGCAAUAAAUUAGUAAAAGAUUGUUUUGAAGAUCAUUUUAAGUUCAAAAAAGUGAUUUUAACUAACAGGGUUGACUCUAGUGUGUUUUCAAAGUGCAAAGAGAAAAGUAAACCGCAUAUGAUUGUAAACAAAGGUAAUUGUGAGAAAUUCCUGCAAUUUACUGCACAUGAGUUUGCUAAGCUUAAAACAGAUAAUGACAAGCUGGGUAAAGAUGAUCCAAAAGUAAACGAAAUGUACGAAAAACUGAAAGAAAAAGUAAUGCAAUCCACUGGACCAAAAAUUAAAACUGUGAAACCGUCAGCCACAGGAAACGUGCAAGGACUUACAGAUACCACCAAAUACACUGGGUCGCACAAGUUACGUUUUGACGAGACAGGUAAAGGGCGUAGCAAGGCGGGACGUUCUGAUGAGGGCAAGAAAUCGGGAUAUGUCGCCAGUUACAAGGGCGAAGGUACAUACGAAGAAAACAAGAAUUAAAAAUGAACACGUUUACGCAAUGAAUAGUUCAACAGGUCUUAUAGUGAAUAAUCAAAAUGUCAAGUGCUGGAAAAAGUGUCUACCAGCUGUAUUAAAAUAAAAAGUGAAUGGGUCUCAAUAUACAUGAACCAGAGUCCGCUUUCUUCAGCUGUAGUUUGCGUUCACAAUUCACAUUUUCAUCUAAAUAACUUAUUGCAUUAUUUAAAAGUCAGACAGUUUCUAUCAUCUAUAUGUAUAAUGGUAAAUGUGUACUACAAGUACUGUUAACUAGAUGAGCCUUGACUAGCUGUCAACUAGUUUCUUGUUUUAUGGUUGAUACCAGCAGUGUGUUUUGUUAAAUCCACAAAAAUCCUCAAAGUGCAUCUCAUAUUAUAGUCCUAUUUUAAGGGUGUUCAAGUUUGAGCUGUCGGGAAAAUAGACAUACUUUUAGCUGCAAGGUCUUGUAGGGCACGUUUUAUCAGUAAAUUGUUUUAAUUUUAGAAUACAAGUACAUUAGCCAAUAUGCAUAACUGUACCAUUUUCAAUUUACACCAGUGUUAUUCUAAGCAUUAAUUUGAGCUUUAACUGCACAUAGCCUUUGUAUAGAUGAUAUAUUCUUGCUCUAAACUAAAAUUGCAACAACCAAAGAAAACGUAGUCUACAAUAUUCAGAAUACCUUGGUUAUUGUCGUACCAGUAAACCUGUGCAACAUUCAGCACUAUACGAGGGUCCUGCAAAAAGUUCUGUCACUUAAAAAUGGGCUUCUGUAGUUUUAUCGGAGAUAUUUUUAAAACGCUUCAUUGCAAAUGAAUGGCGUGUCCAGUAGCUAACGAUACCCGUUUAUUUCGUGCAAAUUGCUUUUCAAAUGACCAAGUUAUUUCAAAUUGAAAUACAUGCAGACAUAUACACUGACCAGUCUACUUGUCACAUUGUAAAAUGGACGAAAGACUAACAUUCGUAGCUAUUCGUAGGCCUAAAACCUCUGUUACCAAGGCAAACAUUGCUGCUGUAAAAGCUGUGGUCGAACAGGAUGCGCGAUUGUCGAUGAAAGAUAUAGCCAGUUGUACUGGCAUAAUCAGAAGGCAGUGUGCGAACAAUUCUGAAAAAGCGUUUGUACCUGAGAAAGGUUUGCGCUAGGUGGGUACCUCUUAUACUCCUUGAGGAGCAAAAGUAACAACGCCUUAAAUGUUCCCGUGAACUUUUGAAAACAUACAAAAGUUGUGAUAGUCGGGUUAUUUCUAACUUGCUAACAGGUGACGAAACCUGUAUACACAUGUUUGAGCCACACAGAAAGGAUGAUAAUAAGCAAUGGAAGAGAAAAGAUCAAAAACGCCCCUGUAUUGCCAAGAGAACUAUAAGUUUUGAAAAGAUGUACCCAGUUUUCUUCAAUACUGGCGGGCCAGUCGUUCAGGUGCCUUGUCCAUCUGGUCAUACAGUCACUGAACUCUGUACUGAAGAAAGUGAAAAACGUUUUACAAUAAGAAACGUCCAAGCUAAGGCUGGUCAGUAGUCCAUCUUAUACACGACAACGCCUCCUCUCACAAGUGCGAUGUUGUUAAGUCUUUUUUGGCUUCUGAAAAGGUGGAAGUUGUAAACCAUCCGCAUUAUUCACCUAACCUGAAUCCAUGUGACUUUUUUAUUUUAAAGGCCUAAGAAAACGCUUUCUGGAAAGAAAUAUAAGUCCAGAGGUUCUCUUGGCAGCGUCAUUUAUUAGUGUCUCAAAACAGAUACCAAAAGUAGACUAUGUUUUCCGCGAUUGGGUAAAAAGGUUACAAAAUGUGUUUCGGAAAAGGGGGAAUACUUCGAAGGUUUGUAAUAAAAAUAAUUUUUGAUAAAACGUAGCACUUGAGAAACUCGAAUCCAAUGACAGAACUUUUCGCUGGACCCUCGUACAGUGUUUUUAUAUAUAUAUAUAUGUUUCAUUUUUACGUAUUUCCUAUGCGUAACAGAUGUUAAACCUGUGCAACAUUUCAGCACUAUAAUGUGCUUUAUGUCCAACUAAAUGUUUCUUUUUACGUUUUUCUUGUAUGUCACAGAUGUUGCCUAAAAUAAAGUGUGCAGUAAUGUAUCCUCGUACAAUUGAAAAGCGUAAGUUUUGUUUUGUGCUAAAAUAAUAGAAAUAAGGACGUAAAUGUUUGCAAAAAGACUACCAACAACGUGAUAUCCGAACGCUGAAACGAGUGGUGUUUCAUUGUAAGACUUCUGGUUUUUAUUUCUUUAUCAAGUAACAACUUCGAAACGUUACUGAAAAUGUUGUCAUAUGUUUGUUUCAAAAGUAAAUGUCAGUGCUUAGAUUCAUUAUAUGUACAGCAAAUGGUUAUGUAACAACCAGUAUAAGUACGUUUUUACAUUAUUCAUAAGUUUGUGAGUACCAUUUAAUGUGAAAUUAUGAUCUGGAAAUGUACUUCUACAAUUAUGCAUUCUUCUGAUAUUUGGGUGAGAUUCUUUUUUGUAAACAUUUAUUUUGCUGUUUGCAUUUCAUUGUAAGAUAAUUAAUAAACAAUGAUAGGGCGAG